AAAAACGAUGGCAGAUGGUUUUGGCUACGGCAGUUUCUCCGGAGCACCGUACCCGUUGUGGCUUUCGUCUCCGUCUCCUCAUCCUUCGGCUUCUGCUUCUCCUUACGGUCCCAGGGGUGAAGAUUCGUAUGCAUACAUGAUACCACCGAGUGGAUUACACCACCCUUCAUCAUCUGAUUAUGUGCCACUUCCCACUGAUUAUUUAUUAGAGACUCAACGCUUAGACCGGAUUCCUUAUAAAUUCUCAGCUCCAGUGUCAGACAUGCUAAUAUACCAUCCUGGCUAUGAUAAAUUCGAGACUAUGAAUGCUGUCUCUGGUCCUCCUGUGGCUUUACCACAAGCUCUGUUUGAUGGAAGUCAGACUGGGGUUCCUUUAGGAGAUGGGAGAUUGUUCCCUGAUGUUGUCUGUAGUCGUUCGCCUGAGAAUAUUCAAUCCAGCUUGCCCGGUUCUUCUGUUGAACCUGUGAACUUCAACGUGUUGCUUGGAUAUGGUGAAGCCACUGGUCAUCUCAAGCCUUUGUCCGAGAACCCAGAUCUUCGCAAUGAGACAGUUGGCUCAGCAGGUUUAAGAAGUCCUGAGAAACGAGAAGGUAGUGGCGUCUCCUCCCUUUAUCAGACGCCAAAAACUUUUGUUGCUGACAGUGAGAAUGGUGUUUCUGAAACCUCCUUGGAGAAUGCUAUUGACGAUUUAAAUUGUGAUGAGCAUAGAUCGUGGAACCGCUUCAUGGUAUCUUCUUCUGAGGGACCUUCAGCCGAUAACGGAAAUGCUGCUCAAUCAGCUGUCAACUGUAAAACCCCUUCCGAUGGUAGUGCUAAUCAACCUAGUGGAGAUGUUCAUGCCAGUGAAAAGACAUGUCAAUUACCCGAAAGGCAUUUAUGUGAUCAAGGAACUUCUUGUCCAAGAGUGACUUCCGUGGUUAAUGCCAUUCAUAAUCUGUCAGAGGUGCUUGUUUAUGAAUGCUUCAACAAUGGGACCUGGCUGAAGCCGGAACAACUUGAGAACCUUGAUAAAGUAGUUGAGAAUCUCACCAAGUGCUUAAAGAAAAGCACCGGUAACAAGACAAUAGCAGCGGAAGCAUCAAUUCCAACUCAAGCUAUGCAUGUUUCCUGUACAAACGUGGUUGACCUUAAUAAGGCCUCAAAUUUAGUUGCUAAAGACUGUGAAGGGUUUAGUGUCAAGCCAUUGGAUAGAUUUGGCUUGAAAGAGCCAGUGGAUAAGGAUAAGUAUGAGAAUGAGAUGACCCAGAGUAUUAAGACCAUACUUGCUUCCAAUUUUCCUGAUGGUGAAGAAAACCACCCACAAACUCUCUUGUACAAGAGCCUCUGGCUUGAAACUGAAGCUGCCUUAUGUUCCUCAGCUUGCAUGGCUCGGUACCGUCGCAUCAAGAAUGAGAUUGGUAUGCAGAAUAGAGAGAUCUCUGCAGGUGUAUCAACCUUUAUGCAAGAACCUUUUCUUAAGCCCCAGAAACCAGUUUCCAUUAUGAACAGUGCAGAGCAGGAAACGACUGAUUCACUUAUCAAACACGGAAGCAAUAGUGGGAACGAUAUAGUAACAAUGAGUCAUGCACCACAAAGCUUUAGAUUCAACUCCGAUUCCGUUUCUGCAGCACUAUCACUUAUGUCCAGAAGCUUUAUGGGUGGUUUAGAACAUGAACAUCAUGGAAACUUCAAGCCUGAUACUGCAAUCUCUAGAAAGAUACCGGACGCAAUACAGCAGGAAUCCCCUGGAUUCACCACAGAGGAAAAACAUAGUGAUGUAAUAGACAGGUUUCAGAUUCUGAAGCAGCAAGAAACAAAGCGCAAACUCAUGUCUCAGAACUGCUCAGAGGCAAGAAUUGGUGAUCAGGAGGAAAAUCCAGAAGCUUCUGAGGUGGCUAAUAUUGGCAGGAGCAGCCAAAUGAGUGAUGUCAUGGAUAGGUUCAAGAUACUUAAAUGCCGGGAAGCUGAGCAAGUUCAGGAAUCUCUCAACCGCUUGGACACAGAUUCGGAUUCUGACAAGGAGCAGCCAAGAAACAAGACACAAAUUUGUGACCAUCUUUGGGAGUCGAUGAUGAUAAUAGGUGGAAAUUCUGUGAAAGAGACGUGUGCCAAUACUGAAGAACCAUCUGCAUCAGGCGAAGGCUACGAGAGCCCGACCUCGGAUUGGGAACAUGUCCGCAAGGAUAAUUGAGUACUGCAACUUCCUUGGAUAAGAAGUUUCGAUCGUUUUUAUGGGUAGUGAAUAAAUAAAAAGCUAUG